CGACCCUCCGGCCUCAUAUAUUCGCCUCUUAUAUAAACCCUCAUUUUUCUCCCCUAUUCUAUCUCACAUAUAAACCCUAUCAAUUUUGAGGAUUACGUGUAACUUAUUAGUGACUAAAAAUGGUGCAAACUGAAGCUUCGCGUGAAGAGAAUGUGUACAUGGCUAAGUUAGCAGAGCAGGCCGAGAGGUAUGAGGAAAUGGUUGAGUUUAUGGAGAAGGUUGUGAAGAGUGUGGAAGCCGAGGAGUUGACAGUGGAGGAAAGGAAUCUGCUCUCGGUUGCUUACAAGAAUGUGAUUGGUGCUAGGAGAGCUUCGUGGAGGAUCAUCUCUUCCAUUGAGCAGAAGGAAGAAAGCCGUGGGAAUGAAGAUCAUGUCACUCUAAUUAAGAACUACAGGUCCAAGAUUGAGACUGAAUUGAGUAAAAUCUGUGAUGGGAUUUUAGGUCUUCUCGAGUCUCAUCUUGUUCCCUCUGCAUCAACUGCUGAAUCUAAAGUAUUUUACUUGAAGAUGAAGGGUGAUUAUUUUAGAUACCUUGCUGAGUUUAAGACGGGUGCUGAAAGGAAAGAGGCUGCUGAGAACACUUUGUUGGCAUACAAGUCUGCUCAGGAUAUUGCAUUAACAGAUUUGGCAUCUACUCACCCAAUAAGGCUGGGUCUUGCACUUAACUUCUCCGUGUUUUAUUAUGAAAUCCUCAACUCGCCUGAUCGUGCUUGCAACCUUGCUAAGCAGGCAUUUGAUGAAGCCAUUUCUGAGUUGGAUACACUUGGUGAGGAUUCUUACAAAGACAGCACAUUGAUCAUGCAACUUCUGCGUGAUAACCUCACUUUGUGGACAUCUGAUGUUGCGGAUGAUGCAGGAGAUGAGAUCAAGGAAGCUUCAAAGCCCGAGUAAACCCGUGAUAUCAAUAGGCUUAUUGAAACUGGUUGUCUUCUACUUGGUGGUGCCUUUUAAGUUUUUUUUUUAGGGUGCUUAUAUUGGAAACAUAUGGAUUUUUGAUAGAUGGUCUACUUGUUUGAAGUACUUGGAUGUUUGGUUUAGUGUGAUGGUUAGUUUAUUACUAUUUUUGAUUCA